AUGGGCUGCAGCAUGAGCCGCCUCGUGAAGGCCACGAUCGCGCUGGUCAUCCUGGUCCUCCUCUUCAUGCCGGCGGCCAUGGCGUCCACGGUCGCCAGCUUCGACGCCACCCGGAGCCAGCACCUGCCGCUGCCGCGCGGAACCGUCCGCGGGCCCGAGAGCGUCGCCUUCGACGGGCAGGGCCACGGCCCUUACAGCGGCGUCUCCGACGGCCGCGUCCUCAAAUGGAACGGCGACAAGCUCGGAUGGACCACCUACACGCAUGGCCCCGGCUACGACAGCAAGCUGUGCACGGCGUCGAGGCUGCGCCCGGAGACCGCCACCGAGAGCCGCUGCGGACGUCCGCUCGGCCUGCGGUUCCACCAGAAGACCGGAGACCUCUACAUCGCCGACGCGUACAAGGGGCUCAUGCGGGUCGGGCCAGGCGGCGGGGAGGCGACGGUGCUGGUCAACGAGGUCAAUGGCGUGCCCCUCCGCUUCACCAACGGGGUCGACGUCGACCAGAUCACCGGCCACGUGUACUUCACCGACAGCUCCAUGAACUACCCCAGAUCGCAGCAUGAGAUGGUGACCAAGACCGGGGAUUCGACGGGACGCCUCAUGAGGUACGAUCCCCGAACAUCGGAUGUCACCGUGCUCCAAUCGGGCUUGACAUACCCGAACGGCGUCUCCAUCAGCACCGACCGGUCACACCUCGUGGUCGCGUCUACUGGGCCGUGCAAGCUUCUAAGGCACUGGAUCAAGGGGUCCAAGGCAGGCACAUAUGAGCCUUUUGCCGACCUCCCAGGAUACCCCGAUAAUGUGAGGCCUGAUAGGAGAGGUGGUUACUGGGUGGCGUUACACCGCGAGAAGAAUGACCUGCCCUUUGGUCGAGAUAGCCAUCUACUCGCUGUGAGGGUCGGUGCCAAUGGAAAGAUAUUGGAAGAGAUGAGGGGGCCAAAAAGCGUGAGACCCACGGAGAUUAUGGAGAGGGACAACGGCAAAUUCUACAUGGGUUCCGUAGAGCUUCCUUAUGUUAGUGUAGUUACGCGCAAAUAGAGAAAUGUCGAUUCAGGAUGGCUUUGGUUUAUCUUUUUCUAUUUUAAGUGUAAUUUUCUAAUUUUUUGUCAGUCAGACUAUCAAAUGUAAUCCACAUUUCUUAUCAGCAAAUCGUUUGUUCUUUCCUU